AUGGCAGCCUCUGCCCUGAUGCUUCUGGUGCUGGUGCUGCCCAUGGGGGCCUGGCCCAGCCUGGGACUGUCCCGAAGGCCCUGUGUGCACUGCUGCCGCCCGGCGUGGCCCCGGGCUGCUGCCCCCUGCCCAUAUGCCCGUGUGAGUUCUGGGGACCAGUGGUGGGGGCUGCUCCAAGUGCGGCCCACCAUAGACAUCUCAAUUCUCAAAGGUGAAAAGGGCGAGGCAGGGCCCAGAGGUCACCCUGGCAGGAGUGGGAAGGAGGGUCUGCCAGGCUUCCGGGGCCUACAGGGCCCCAAAGGUCAGAAGGGGCAGGUGGGGCCUCCGGGUGCCCUGUGCCAGCAUGCCUACGCAGCCUUUUCGGUGGGCCGGCGCAAGGGACUGCACAGCGCCAAGGACUUCCAGGCUGUGCCCUUUGACACAGAACUGGUAAAUGUGGACAGUGCUUUCAACCUGGCCUCGGGUCGCUUCCACUGUGCAGUGCCGGGUAUCUACUUCCUGAGCCUCAAUGUGCACACCUGGAACUACAAGGAGACCUACGUGCACAUCAUGCUGAACCAGAGGGCCACGGCUGUGCUGUACGCACAGCCCAGCGAGCGUAGCGUCAUGCAGGCUCAGAGCCUGCUUUUGCCACUGGCUGCUGGCGACACCGUCUGGGUGCGCAUGUUCCAGCGUGACCGUGACAAUGCCAUCUACGGUGAGCAUGGAGACCUUUACAUCACCUUCAGUGGCCACCUGGUCAAGCCAGCCACAGAGCUCUAG